AUGGUUCAUACGGAAAUUCCGGUGAUCGAAAUUGAUGAGCCGCUAUUCGAUGUUCUUCCUAAACUGUUCAACUUCAUCAGCAUGGCCGUGGGUGAUAUGGCCUACACGUUUGAGCAAAUGCUGUACGGAGCCCAAGGACACCGUCUUAGACAACUGGUCCAUGCUUUGGCAGAUGAUACUCACAACCCUUAUAUCAUUGUGGCAUUGAUGAUUUUGAAAUGGGACUUCACCACCGCCACCGAGGAUGACUGGGGACUUAAUGAGAGCCGUGGUGCAGCCUGCGAAUUUGUUGCCUGGCAAUUCCUGUGUCACCUGAACCAGCGCGAGACAAUUGAGUUUCUGCUGGAAGAGCUACCAAUACCGCGGCGCGGUUCGACAAAUACCCUUGGUUCCGAAGCAGGUAGCCCUGCCCUGGCAUCUAUCCAAGGUAGACAAGAGGAAAGUGAGACCACUCCUCUCUUGCCAAAGUCCUCUUCUUUUUAUCGCCUUUUUAGCAGCAGGAGGGUCACAGAGACUCGGUUAUCUGGAGCUUCACAAGAUACAUACCAAGAGGAAACCUAUGCCGCCCAGAGAUAUUCCCGGUUUUUUGGAUUGAAUGCACUUGAGAUUGCGACAAUUGCCAAUGCAAAGACAUUUCUGAGCCAAAAAGUUGUUCAAAAAGUGGUCGAUGGUAUUUGGAAGGGUGAAAUCGUUUUCUGGGGUUCUCUGACGGUCAAUUCAACCAAGAAACCUCAUAUUUUCAACGCAAGAACGGCUGAUCCGUAUUCACGCCUGAGAGUCCCUCUGUAUCGGAAAAUCUUUGAAGCAGCAUUCUUCAUGUCUUUCCUCUUUCUCUACUACGCAGUACUGAUAGAGAGGAGACAAGAUGCCGUUGGCGUCUUCGAGGCAGUGAUGUAUGUGUGGAUCGUCGCUUUUGCGUAUGACGAAUUGAGUGGGAUCAUUGAUGCCGGAGUCAUUUUCUACCAAAUGGACUUCUGGAGCCUCUGGAACGUGAGCAUAAUUGGUGUUGGGAUCGCAUUUGUCGUAACAAGGGUUAUCGGGCUAACCAAGGGCGACAACGACAUCAUUGAGCUCUCAUUCGACAUUCUUUCCUUGGAGGCUCUGUUUCUUGUACCAAGGAUCUGUUCGCUUGUGAGCUUGAAUUCAUACUUCGGCAGUCUAAUACCGGUGUUGAAAGAGAUGACAAAAGCAUUCUUCAGGUUUUUCCCCGUGGUGGUAGUACUGUAUAUUGGUUUCUUGACCACAUUCACAAUGCUUGCCCGUGACCGCUUGUCUCUCAGUACAAUGUCACAUUUGUUAGUGAAAGUGUUCUUUGGAUCGAGUGUUCUUGGAUUAGACACCGCGUCUGAAAUCUCCCCCAUCUUCGGCUAUGGCUUGAUGCUUACUUUCGCCUUGAUGACCAAUACCCUCAUUCUUUCAUCUUUGAUUAGUUUGAUGAGCAUGAGCCUCGAAGGGGUGAUGCGCCAUGCUCGAGAAGAAUAUCUUUUUCAGUUGGCCAUUUAUGUGCUAGAAAGCAGCAACUCUCGGCGACUGACAUACUUCAUGCCACCCCUGAAUCUUAUUCCCCUCCUCUGUAUCCGCCCCAUGCGGCUUUUUCUCUCUGCCGGAACGGUUCGUCGCGUACGCAUUGUCCUGCUUCGAGCCACUCACCUCCCGUUUGUCGCGUUGAUAUGGGCUUCUGCUCAUGAAUUGUUGAUCAACUCCAUCACCCGAUUCCGGACUUCGUCAGAAAAUACUACAUUCCCCACCGUCUCAGGGCUGUGCUCUUGGUCGACAGGCCCCUCGACCAAUGCACCUCGCCAAGCCGAACCAGAGACUCGGGCUCUGGUGCUGUUUCUGUAUGGCUACUCCCUGCAUGGGACACGUCUCGGUUGGGCAGACCAGCCCAACGGUGGUCAAAUGGAUGGUUAG